AUGGAUGAAUUCUAAUCUUUUGCAAUUAAUAAUCAACCUGAAGAUAAUUCAAGAGCAUAAGAAAAGAAUGAAUCAGAAGCUUAAAACAUAAAUCAAUCAUCUAGAAGAACCUGGUCAUUUAAGGAAGACAAUUAAUUAAGGUAGGCUGUUAAAUUAUAUGGUACAAACUGGUUAAACGUUGCCUAAGAAUUAUUAAAUAGAAAUCCUUCUUAGUGUGCUUAAAGAUGGAAAAGAAUAAAGCCACCAAAUGUAAAUUUUUUGGUGAUUUUUAGUUAUAUAGUAAAAGAAAACCAUGGACAAAAAAAGAGGAUUCAUAAUUGUUGAAGUUAUUCGAAAUAUAUAAAAAUAAUUGGGUUAAAAUUUCAAAGAAUAUUUCUAAUAGAACAAGUAAAUAAGUUAGAGAAAGAUUUAUUAACAAGUUAAAUCCAGAAAUCAAUAAAUAGCCAUUUACAGAAGCUGAAGAUUUACUUAUAGUUGAAGGAUUUAAGACUUUUGGAUCAUAAUGGUGUAAAAUAUCCANUCGAUAUAUGUUAUUGUGUUAUUUUUAAUAAAUCAAAUUAUUGAUAUAAAAUGCUAUCUUCCACAACUUUGUUAGAAAUAUUCAUUUCUUCUCUCAUGGAUUAAAAAUCAUCUAAUGUUUAGAGUAAAUAUAAGUAACAAAUUAUUAUAAACUCAAGUAUGUUUAGCUUUCAAGAAAAAAAUAAUACUUAACUUUUUGA